ACAGCAAGAACUGCUCAGGGGAACUAGUCAGUAGGAAUACUUAUAAGGCUGCUGGAUCAUGGCCACAAUUUCUCACCUUCUGUAUCACUGCUCAAUAUUUAUAUGGUAUUUUUCGCUCGCCUAUUUACUUUUAAGUGUUAGUCUAAAAGAUCCGCCGGCUGGAGUCUUCCUGUACGGUGGACAGUGGAAGUACUUGACAGUACUGAAUGUGGUUUUGCAGACACUGUUUUAUGCUGUCUCCUUUUUGACGGAUCUCCUGCUUCCAAUAAGGGGAAUUAAAUUAGUAAAGUUCGUCAUCUAUUGCAGAGACCUUCUCUUCUCUGUUCUGGCUUUCCCAGCAUCAACUUUUGUGUUUUUAUCCUUCUGGGCGUUGUAUACAUAUGACAGGCAGUUGGUCUACCCUGAGGGUCUGGAUAAAGUCAUUCCACUAUGGCUGAACCACGCUGUGCACACAGCUGUGUUCCCUAUUGCUGUCUUGGAAAUUGUAACAUCUCCACAUCACUAUCCUCCAAAGCGAAAGGGACUCACUCUCUUGGGAAUUUGCUCAGUAGCAUAUCUAAGCUGGGUUCUGUGGAUCUACAUUGCUGAUGGCAACUGGGUUUACCCUUUCCUAGGAUUAUUAAAUCCAUUUGGUUUUAUAAUAUUUUUAUUAAGCAGUAAUAUACUGGCAGCAUUGGCGUAUAUUGCUGGAGAUACUCUGAAUGAUCUAGUUUGGGCAGGAGAAACUCAACACAAGAAAAUGAAAAUGUAAACCGCCUUGGCAAUGCAGCAAGCUCUCCAGGAACAGUAGAGAAUGGAUGUGUAUACAUAUCCUUUUUCUAUAAUGUAGAGCUCAGUAGCAAUCAGUCAUAACUGACAGCAUGUGAAAUUGGUCUAUUAAAGAACAAAGAAACAGUCAAAGCAUAAACCUUGUCCACCUAUUGAAUUGAAAACUACAAAUUUUUUGUGCCUUGUGAACUCAUUAUUCUGAUGUACAAAUGUAUUUAGCAAAGAACAAGUUCAAGUCAGUCUCCGGUCUUCU